GCCUUCUCGUCUACCAAAAGAUUUGGUCAAUAUUGUUAUUUGUGCAAGAUAUUGAUAAAUAUCUAUGUUUAAAAGGUAUAUCACUAAAACUAUAGUGGGUAUAGUAAAGAAGUAUACAAAAUUAGUUACAUAUUUGGAAAAUAAAUGGGCAAAUAAAUAUGCUUCAUCAUUUCAUAGUUAUAAAUUAUUUAAAAAUGGUGUCCACUCGACGUUGAUAGAUUUGGGUGACCUCAGUCAGUUAUGGAUAGAUAUUACUUGUCGUUCUCAGUCAAUCUUAGAAAUCCUACCGACUCUAAGUAGACAUCAGGUGUAUAUCCUACGUCAGGUGCCUAAAGAUUUGGUGAGGAUUUUGCCUGUAAUGCUUCUUGCUCCAUUACCAGGAACAAUACUAAUUUUACCAAUCUUUUUUGCCUUUCCUCGUAUUUUCUUGUCACGAGCAUUUUGGACACCAGAACAAUGUAAAUCUAUCGAUACAAAAUGUUUGAAAGAUCGAUUUGACUAUAAUACUCAAUCUUUAUUAAAAUCUAAGCUCUUGACAAUAAUUUAUUCGUCUCCUUGUUCUGUAAAUUAUUCUCAAUCUAUUUUGGAGUCUUUAAGAAAGUUAGCUAGUGCGUUAAGUCAGGUUUCAAUAUUGGAACCAAUUUCAAUUGAACAAAUUCGUGAUUUAAUACCUGCUUUCAAUGGUCCAUUAUCCUUAGAACAAUUGGAUACAAGUCAUUUAGCGGCUUUAUGUCGGUUACACGGUCUCUCUAUAUAUUCAUAUAUUUGGAUAAUGAAUACAUUAUUAUGGAAUGAUUUAUUCAAGAGAAAAUCCAUUCUAAAAACAUUUCGUAUACUUGUAUUAAAGAAACAUGCAUAUUUCCUAUAUGUUGAAGAUCAAUGUAUGCAAAGAGACAAGUUAUUCAAUGACAAUUCUUUAUCGAUUUUACAAAAUUCUGAUUUAAAACAACACUCUAAUUUCCUGAUAUGUAAGGAAAACCACUAUCUGUCUUUCAAGUAACAUUUCAUUUACGUGUACUUAUCAACCGUCCAUCUCAAUAAGUGAUAUUAUUUAGUGUUGGUGUAGGUUGAAAGAAAGCUAUAGGGUAUCGAGUCAAAACAUUGCAUCAAUUCAUGAGGUAAUGAAUAGUUGAAUUUGACCAAGUAGAUUUAAGUGAUAAUUAUCAGGUUGGGUUUCGCGCUAAUAUUUUAACGAAUGAUUUGAAAAUUUGGCUGAUAUAACUUAAAAUCAUUUACUUCUACACUGGUGCAUUUACUUCUUAUCUUCUUUUGGUUUCAGAAUCAUGAAAUCGGUGAGACUAUAAUUUAUGGACGAACCAAUCAGAUAUAAGAAAACAGGUUUCGGAUUUUGGCGCGACAUUCAUUUCUUCAUUUGGAUAAUUAGCGUUUUGGCACUAUAGCUGAUGUCAGUUCGUAAUGAAAACCCGAAAUCUAAUUCCUAAUCUUAACCAUCAAAUAUAAAUCAUAAUCCUUAUUCUUUAAACUGUUUUAUACUUCUUAUUUGUUUCUAGUUAUUAGGUGGGCAUUAUCAAGGUCAAUUUAGCAUCGCUCAAAGGUCGUCCAUAAAUUAUAGUCUCCCCAUGAAAUCUCCAUAAUCUUUUUGAUUUCUUUCUUUUCUACAUGUAAUUUUUUUCUAAUACUAUUCUUGGUAUUUAUCUCGAUCAUUUUAUUUUACUGUACUAAUGUUGUGUAGCAACAUGAGAUGACGUAAAUAUGUUUUAAAUUUUAUUGUGCAUAUGACCAAGUAGCUUUUUCAGGAGUCUGAACAAAAUAAAUUUGUUUUUUAAUACGAAUAUUCAAUUUUUUUUGAAAAAUUACAGUCCUUUUUUUAGGUUUUGGUUUAUUAUAUCAUAAAUUAUUAUAAUAAACAAUUUUGCAAGAUAUUAAACCAAG